AUGUUUCGUGGUUUCUUUGUCCUAAUUUUUGAUUUCUUGAAAUCUUUAUUAUUUUCUACAGGUCCCAGGGAUCGCAUAUACAAAUAUGUUCGCCCUCAUUUGAAUACAGAGCAGAAAAUUCUGAAUGUCGGUUGUGGUGAUGGAAUUUUAUCUGAAUUAAUUCGAUUUGAUUUUCCUGGAAUAUCUAUUCAUGAUAUUGAUGUUGUCGAUCUGAGAUCAAAUAAACAAAGUCAACAUUUUCAUUUAUUUGAUGGUUAUCAUCUCUCCAAAUAUGCCAAUGAAACAUUUGAUGUGAUUCUAAUUAUUUAUGUUUUACAUCAUGUUCGAUCUCGAGAGAUUUUACUCGAAGAAGCGAUGCGUGUAGGAAAAAAAAUCAUUCUUAUUGAAGAUAUUCUCAAUGAACCAAAUGGAACUUGUCUCGAUCGUUUUUUCACAUUUACUCAUCGAAUUUGGGCCAAAUGGAUUUGUCACGAUCAAAAUGCGUAUGUCGAAUUUUGGACAAAAUCAAAAUGGUUUUCGAUUCUUCUCAAAUAUCGAAAUUCGCUUCAUUAUGAAGAUAUACCUGAGAAAAAAUGGUAUCAUUAUGUUAAUCAUGGAUUAUUUCUUUGUCAAAAUUAA